CAUAUUCAUUUUACGAAUUCAGACCCCGCCCAGAAAUACACCUCUAACACGGAAUCAAGGGACUAGAAACCUAGGAAGCAAGGUCUCCCAACUACCGAACUCAUUGAUAACUCCAGCAAUAAACACCCCUUCACCUCAAAACAAAGAAAUUACAAAAGGUAUGACUGGUCCAUCAUGUAUGAACAGCACUAUUCGAACUCCUGGACUAGUUGAGGACCGACGAAAAAGAUUUCGUAAAGGAGGUCGUUGUAGUAAGAAUACUGGAGGGGAGGAUCAAACUCCAUAUUGGAUUCGAGAAUUGUUCUUGGUUGUUAAACGAGGAAAUCUUGAAAAGCUGAUUUCUAAGUUGGAGGGAACAGAACGCGGAAUAUUAAGAAACAUUGCCGAUUAUCUUGGAAACAAUUUAGUCCACGCUUGCUGUCAGUACGGACACGCCCAUAUACUUGCUUGGCUGGCUAAUAGACUUGGAUCUGAGAUGGAUUCAGCUUUGUGUGAUGAGAACAAACAAGGAUUAAAUCCUGCUACUCUAGCUAUAAAGUAUGGAAGACUGGAUGUACUUGUUUGGCUGGUCCGCAAUAUAAGAACAGUACAAGAACACUUACAAUCUAAAGAUGGAGAGAGAAGCCUUCUGCAUUUUGCUGCUAAAUAUGGACAGGAUGGCCUUGUGAGUUGGUUAUGCGAAGAUAUGUUAGAAGAAGGAAUAAGUUUGGAUCAAAUGGAUCUCGGAGGAAACACGCCACUUCAUCUUGCAGCCAGGCAUGGUAGAACUAAAGCAUCGUCUACACUACUUAGUUUUGGAUCAUCUAUUAAUAUGAAGAACGACAUGGGAUUGAAACCAAGUGACUGUGCACGAAUUCGAAGUGAAGAAAGUACAGAGGAAUUUCUUCUCAUGUUCGAGACUAGUUUAGGAAUUACCAGGGAUUUGCUUGGAGUUAACAAAACAAACGAGGUUCUUAGCCAGGAGAAUCUAGAAAUCAAAUCUCAGUUUAGGGAGGUUCUAAAUGUUUCCAAAAAGCUAGCAAAGGAGAGGGAGGAUAUGUCUAAAGAUCUGACCCGACUAAAGGAUAGAAUACAAGAGAUACAUUCAUCCAUACUUGGUGAUAUGAAAAACCUUGUUCCGUCAACAAAUAGUGUUGAGUUAGAGAGGACUAAUGACAGUCUCAAAAGCUUGGAGCAGAAGAUAGAGGAACAGAGAACACAAUUUUGCUCAGCAUCCCUAGCAGAUUUAGAGCACAGGCCAUAA